CCGAUCUGAAGUGAACUCUUUCUAAUAUUUGUUCCUGUUUAACUCUUUCUCCGCUAGAUGGAGCAUUUUUCCUAGAACUUUCCUAAUUUCCACAUGCCCUUCGGCAAAGGAAUUUGCAUCUUCAAUCCUAGUCAUUGCACAGCUGAUCUUGUAGUAUCGUUUACGGUUUACAGCAAUAUUUUUUUUGUGUUUAUAUUAUUACUCAUGAAAAAUUGAUUGUAACAGAACAUUACGGGUAUUUAAAAGUUUAUUUUAUAAUUGUUGAUAAUAAUGUUUUACCGUUCUUUCAACAUGGUGACGCAUUCAAGAAAAAUGUAUUGAGAGCAAGUUAGUCAGUAAUAUUGAAUGGGUGGGAAACAUAUCGACAAAGUAUACAGAAAUAAAGAUCGUGUGAAUAAUUUGUUUUGGUGUCGAGUUUCAUUUCUUGAACUAUAGUUAGCGGGUAUGGUAUAUUUGUCGGAUUCCUGGGGUAUGGGAGAAACAAAAUCGCAGUGCCACAAUACAAAUAGUAGUUCCUCCUUUCUGCAGGAGAAUGAUGAAGUUGCGUUACUACCGCUUAAGAACCAGGUUGGUGGACAUACCAGAUUGCUAUUACUCAAUCAGAAUACUAUUUGUAAACCAUUAAACUGCAGAGAACUUGACUUUUAUCAAAACAUUCCACAAGACAUUCAAAUUUUUGUUCCAAAAUUCAAAGGUGUUUUACAAGCUUCUAACAGCAGUGAGGUUACAUUAGACAAACGUUAUAGCCCAAGCUUUAGAGAACAAGAUAAUAGUAAACAGGGACAUAAUUCAAGUAAAAGAAAGAGAGAAGAUGUAUUAAGAAUGAAAAUACAUCGUGACAACACAUUAGGAGGGAUAUUAAAACCAGAAAUGCAUUUGGAAAAUGCAUCAAACAGACAGUCAGAUUUUCUUUUACUGGAAAAUAUAACAUCACAAUACAUUCAUCCGUGUAUAUUGGAUCUGAAAAUGGGGACCAGGCAACAUGGUGAUGAUGCAUCUGCCGAAAAACGUAGUAAACAAAUUGCAAAGUGUGCUGCUAGUACAUCAGCCUCGUUAGGUGUUAGACUAUGUGGAAUGCAGGUUUAUCAAGCUGAUACCAAUCAUUAUGUAAAAAGAGAUAAAUACUGGGGCAGGGAGUUAAAUGAAGAAGGUUUUAAAGCAGCGUUGUAUAGAUUCUUUCAUAAUGGCUUUUAUUUACGAACGUUAGUCAUCGAAAAAGUGGUAUCACGAUUAGAACAAUUACGACGUGCGAUUGAAAGGCAAAGCAGCUACCGAUUUUAUUCGUGUUCAUUGUUAGUCGUUUACGAAGGUUAUCAAAAGGAUUUUUCGGGAUUCGGCCAUUCAUCGUCUGCAUUACAGAUGAAUGAAGAAUCGAUCAGUUCUACCUUCGUUAACGAUGGUCCUCAUACGUCUGAUGGUUGUUACGACGGUGAUAUAAAUAACAGUACCCCAGAUUGUAAUGUUACUAUGGAAAAGGAAAUCAGCCAAACGAGUACUUUACGCAGGGGAUUUGCUGAAGCGACAGUUAAAGAGACCAAACGUAUCGCCAAUUUUUACCCUACAAGCUAUACCGGGCACUGUCCCACCCUUAAAUUUCGAGUUGGAAAACGAUUCGGUGCGUGCACUCAAGAAAUUAUGAAGGAAUUACUUCAAAAGAAAAUCCUCAAGACAGGACCUUAUAGACCCAUCUCCGAGAAGAACACAAAUGAAAACACGACGAUUAUUUACGAGAAAGAUACCAACACAGAUUGGAAAAGAGAAACGCAUUUCUUCAAAGCACCACCGUACAUUUUGGGAUAUACUGGAUACAUUCCUGGGUUUAAUAGUAGUUAUGGUUUAUCAUUUAUGAGAGCCGUGGAAGAAGGUGCCAGAGAAUGGCGCGAAAAUCAAAUUAAAUUAAAAGCUCAUAGAGAUCUUAUGCAACCUAAGGUCGAAAAAAGCACUAUCUCUAGACACUUUUUAUUUCGACCGCGAGCUGAUGAUAUAGAUAUACCAGUCGAUCAUGAUCACGAUUUUAAUCACGAUAAAAAUCGACUAACCACGUUUCAUUAUGAAGUAUCUCCUGAAAGACCACCGAUUGUAGGCUAUACCGGUCAUAUUCCAGGCUUUAAGGGAGAAGUUGCACUUUCGAAAAGAUAUGCACAAGCUGCGAAGAAGGGAUUGGAAUUAGUUCGAGAAGAACGCGAACAAAGACUCGGUAAAUUAAGAGACACUAAUACGGUACAGAAAGCUUUAAAUGUGGCCCGUUUCAAUGAAAUUGAUCUCGCCGGAGCCUGAUUUUUGGAAUUCAUCAAAUUUUUAACAACACAACAUUUAAUAUACGUAUAAAUUAACAAUCUUCUUUAACUUAACUAUAUAACUUCCAUCUGAUUAGAACUAUUUCAUGAAAUAUAAUUUACCUUUUUAAUCUAUUUCAUUCAUUUUCAUUCUAAUUCAUUUUUAAGACGCAGGUAACAGACAAAAAUACAAAUAAAAUUAUUAAUAAUUUUUAUCUCGACUUUCGUUUCUUUCUUGCAUUUUUUCUUUUCUUUAUUGUAAGAAGAAGGAAACAUAAGCGCAUCUAUAAUCUUUUUUAGUUCUAAUUUCCUUAAUAUUUCGAUCAAAAGCAGAUCAAGAUAUUUUACUUGUAUUUUUUAAAUAUAAAUUAAUCAACAUUUGAAUCAAGGAAUUCUUGAAAAUAUUUUUUAACUAGAAAUAUUUUUUAAGAAUAAGCUACGAAGAAAGGAAAAAAUAAUGCUAUUUCCAUUUACAAAGCAUAAAGAAGCAUUAUCUCACAUUUGAAGUGGAAUUUAGCAAACGUGUAAAUUAUUAUGUACAGUAGAUGUUCGAAUGUUACUUGUAGGACACACAUAGGUGUACGCGCAAUGCAAAUCUUUCAAUCCAUUACAUGUGUGCCAUACAUUGAUAAAUUAUUAGGUUCGAGUAUUAAAAAAUUUUAUAUUGAAAAAAUUAUUUAUUAAGAUGUACGAAAGAACAAUAAAUUUCCGUAUGUAAAAAUAUAA